UAAGACGUCACACGCCAAUCAGAAGAGCUGCAGUUUAGCACAGAACCGGGAGUUUCCCCAAAAUGAGCAGUUCAGAGGAAGUUUCGUGGAUUUCUUGGUUUUGUGGUCUACGUGGGAAUGAAUUCUUCUGUGAGGUGGAUGAAGAUUACAUCCAGGAUAAAUUCAAUCUCACCGGACUGAACGAGCAGGUUCCUCAUUACAGACAAGCCCUGGACAUGAUUCUGGAUCUGGAACCGGACGAGGAGCUGGAGGACAACCCGAAUCAGAGUGACCUGAUUGAACAGGCGGCUGAGAUGCUGUACGGCCUGAUUCAUGCGCGCUACAUCCUUACCAACCGUGGUAUUGCUCAGAUGCUGGAGAAAUAUCAGCAGGGGGACUUUGGAUAUUGCCCUCGUGUUUACUGCGAAAACCAGCCUAUGCUGCCAAUUGGGCUGUCCGAUAUCCCAGGCGAGGCCAUGGUCAAGCUCUACUGUCCUAAAUGUAUGGAUGUUUACACACCGAAGUCGUCCCGGCACCACCACACCGAUGGAGCUUAUUUUGGAACCGGGUUCCCCCACAUGCUCUUCAUGGUGCACCCUGAGUACCGGCCAAAGAGGCCUGCCAACCAGUUUGUGCCCAGGCUCUAUGGUUUCAAGAUCCACCCGAUGGCAUACCAGCUGCAGCUGCAGGCAGCCUCCAGCUUCAAGAGCCCAGUCAAGGCCAUCCGCUAAAUCAUGGAAAGGAGGGAAGGGAGGGCUGGAGAGACGAGGGAGCAAAUCUGUCUGUCUUUACAUUGCCUCGCUCUUCACCGAGAGACCGCUUUGUUUUAUCUUAGGUUUGUUUAAGAGCAAUGUUUCAGUAUCAAGAAAGUGGGAAUAUAGAAAACACACUUUGGAUAAUCUGUAAAUGUUUCUUCUUCUCUGACACUUGCACCCACACGGAGCAUGGGAAUGCCAUGCUGUUAUUGGUGUUUUCCUUGUAAAAAUGUCCCCUCUUUAAACUUGACGUAUCAACAGAAGUUAUAUAAUUGAUGGACGAAUAAUGAGUGUUGUGUUGUGACCACAACGGCAGUGCAACUCACCAAUCCAAGUAAAGGACUUGAAUAGGUCGUUGUUUCUUCCCUACACACCUCAUGCACACGUUGCCUCCUUACACCCCUUCUACGGCAGGCAAAGACUGUCGGAGGAAGUACACAAAAAAACCCUAGUGUUGGUCUGUUUUUGGACAAUAUAGAGUUUUCCGAUUGGUUUAAUUCCUAUAAGUUACAAUUCUCAAAAUGGAGAGCUCAAAAUAAAAUUAAGCUACUAUGUGGUGUGGCUUUUUUUUUUUUUUUUGAUUAAAUGUUCACCUUUUGCUAUUUUUGCUGAAACAGGAAGCCAACCAUCUCUGCCUCUGUCAGUCCAGAGUGAGUGUGGGUUGUUCCCUCAGAUAUCCUUGUCCACUCAUUCCUGCCAGUGUUCCUAUUAUUUAUUCAAUCGUCCACAUUUUUGGAAAUGUUUGUUUCCCUUCCUGUUCUUAACUGUGCAUCUCCGGUUUCACAGAAUGGCAUGUGACUGCAAGAUAAAGAUUAAUUGAAUGCAUUGAUUGUUACUCUUAGUGGUUUGUCUUUUUUUUUUUUUUUUCUUUUUCCCCCUCCCUUUAGAGCUGUUGAGGAACCAGGGUUCAGAAUUCAAAAUAAAACUUUUCCUAUAA